GAGGAGAGCGCUCAAGUCCGAGGGGGAUGAGUAUUUCAGUUCUGGGGCCCACUCUUGGAGACCUGGCCAUCAAUGUGAAACAGAACAUCAGCAACAUCUCCCAUAUCUUUUUGGGCCGCUCCGCAGGUUCCAUGGGAGGCUCCCUGUUAGCUGGGUUCCUUUUAGAGGUCAUGAACCACCACAUCUUGCUGGGGUUUUCAAUGCUGCUCACAGCUUUUGGUAUGGCUGCAAUUCCAUUCUGCAGAAAUGCAGUACUACUCACUGCGUUGAUGUCUUGUAUUGGAAUAUCCAUGGGUUCUCUAAAUACAGGAGGCAAUGUCCUCAUCCUCAACACCUGGGGAGAGCGUUCUGGACCCAUCCUGCAGGCUCUGCAUUUCAGUUUUGCUGCCGGGGCCUUUGCUGCACCCAUCAUUGCCAAGCUGCUGUUUGGAGAAGAUGAUCAGCCACAUGAGAAAUCUAUCUUGGGAUCCAAGACUAACCAGCUACUUACCCUGACUCAGAAUUCUUCCAUUUCCCCUGUGACCACUAUGGAAAACAAAUCCUUAGACUCCAUCCUUCAUUUCACCCAUUCAGAGUCCAGCACUCUGAAGUCUAUGUGGGCCUACAUCAUGAUUGGAGCCUUUGCCUUGUUUGUUUCCCUCCUCUUCUUUAUCAUGUAUUUCAGGAUCACCUUAUUGCGGGAACCAGCCAGGGCCACCUCUGGGAAGCAGAUUAUGGCCAAACACCACAACGUCCUCAUUUUUUUCUUGUCCUUCUUCUUCUUCUGGUAUGUGGGCACAGAGGUGGCUUACGGCUCCUUCAUUUAUACCUACGCCAAGGACUACAUUCAUCUGGACACAUCACAGGCAGCAGGACUGAACUCCCUGUUCUGGGGCACAUACGCUGCUACUCGUGGCCUGGCCAUCUUCUUUGCGGCCUGCAUGAAACCAGGCAGCAUGAUUGUACUCAGCCUGUUGGCCAGCAGCCUAUCCUCCCUGCUGCUGUCCCUCUUCAGCAGUAACAUGGUGAUUCUGUGGUCCUGCACUGCCUUGUAUGGGGCUUCUAUGGCAACUACCUUCCCCAGUGGUAUUUCCUGGUUAAAGCAGUACACCACAGUGACAGGCCGUUCAGCUGCGAUGUUCUUGGUUGGCUCUGUGCUAGGAACAAUGGUCCUACCAGCACUCAUUGGGUUCCUGUUAGGGAAGGUGCAAGAGCUGCCAGUGCUGAUGUACCUGUCCUUGGCCACAGCCAUCAUCACCUCCAUCAUCUUCCCCAUCAUGUACAAACUGGCCACGUCACCCAUGACAGUGAGCACUGCAUACCACUGA